UUGUGUCCGCAGCUCCCCUGGCUUGAACCAAGCUCCCUCAACGUGACAGAGGAGGAGUGCCCGGCUGCUCGUCCCCUCUUCUCUGUGUCCACCAAGGUCCAGAGAUCGGCCAGGGCCUGCGCCCUCCUCCUGCGCGCUGUGUGGUCAAGCCUUGGUGGGGGGAGAUGGUCGUCUCCACUGCCUCCGACCUUUUCUCCCCGCAACAAAACACCUCCUUCAACAAGAAAAGAGUGUUGCUGCAGCUGUCAGCUCUUUGUCAGAGAAGUCGCACCACAGUUUUCGGUUUUGUCAUCACCAGUCUCCUCCACA